AUGGCGGCCAGCGGCGCGUCGGUGCGCCAGCUGCGCCGCGGUCCCGCGCCCAUCGCUUCCUUUGACCACGACGGCUCUGACGAGUCGAGUCCCGAGACGAAGCAGGCCUUUCGGUUACCUGAGAUCCGAGAGGAUCCCGUGAGCUCGACGUCACUAGCGCCUCCGGAGCAACGCCAGCGCUCGCACUCGAGCCCCGCAGUGGCGGCGGCGGGCGCCCUGGGCGCGCCGCCUGCCCCGCGCAUUGACAUCUCGCGCGCCUCUAGUUCCAGUCAUCACGACUCGCGCGACAGCUCCCCUGAGCUCGCCUUGUUCGCGGGCGCCGGAGAGGAUUCGAGAACCCGGCUCGAUCUGGGUUUCCGCGAGGACGGCGCACUCGAGUUGAGAUCGUCUACCGAGGAGCUCGCCUUCUUGGAAGGUGCCCCUGGAGAACCGCGGCCGAGUGCGCCGCCUCCGCCAUCCAUUUUACGUCGCCACUCUCGAAAAGACAGCCAAGGCUCCGAAGCGGCGUUACUAGCCGUGUCCGGCCGUACCAGUCGUCUAUCUAGUGUCGGCUCACAGUGCUCGGCGCACUCGGCGCUUUCGGCGCUCAGCCACGCGUCGCACAUAUCCCGUUUGUCUAUAGUAUCGGGCGUAUCUCGGUCGCCUUCGCCGCAUAGGAUGCUGCUCGAGACUUCCUUCUGUGGACCUAAACCCAUCGAGAAUGACCCUGAGAUUUGUGCCGCCGACGUCGAAGAGCGUUUACUUGAAAUCGCAAAACUGAGUGCCAAUUCACCCCCGGAUUCCGUACCCGCACCGGUGGAUGCGCGAGACCGACGCGAAGUGCGCACUGAGGCCACAGUGGAACGCGCUUCGCGUCCUCCGCCUCCAUCUCCACUGCCGACCCCUGCAAUCGUUCCACCGACGCCGGUGGCGCCGACCAGCCCCCCUACCUCACAGGUUAAUCAUCAACCCGUGACUGCCGUAAUCAUAACGCCGGUGGCAUCUGUCGAUGACAAGUUACAAAAAGAAAACCAGAACCGAGUCCGGGCGCAAGAGCGACGAGCGAGGCCUCGCGUCCGCAGAGAGCCGUCCGAGCCCGAAGUCUACAAGAGUAGAAAUCGUUCGAAAGAUAUAAUCCGCAUCAAAUUGAAGCCCGAUGACCAGUAUGAUGACACGGAGGAAGAUGUGACUAGCCAGAAACCGAUCGUCUCAGAUAGCGAAGAAACGGCGAGAAAGCCCGCGUCACUAGAGUUAGCGGUUAUUAACGAUAGAGCUGUGCGCCCUACUGAGCUCGUAGGGCAUUCGGAGCCCGCGCCUCUCAGCCCCGCUCCACAGAACCGAGUACCACGGGACAGUCGCACGCCGUCACCAGCGGGAGUACCGGUGUCCCGCAAGUCAUCGUUCUGCUCACUGUUUAAGUCGCGCGAGACGAUCGCAUCACCGGAUUCACCAUCAGAAGCGCUUCGUCGAAAAAGGAGUCUCACUGAAGGUAGAUCUCGCAGUAAGAGCCGCGACCGGUCUGCGACCCCUUCCUCUAGUGGUAAGAUUAGGGGCUCAGUACUCUCACUAUUCAAAACGUCCCGUAAGAGCGCCACAUCACCUUCGCCUAGCUCUAGGGAUGGGUCUCCGGUAGUUCAUCAGCAACGAGCAAUAGCUGUCGUCACACAACCCCCUGCUUCUCAACGCCCCGGUGAAAAACUUAAAUAUUACGACGAUACCAGAGAUGGGAUAAUCCACAUCCCUUUGAGGACUCCCCCAGACGAGGAACCAGGUUCGACUAGUGCGCGGCGUGACCAAGAACAGCAGUGUGCCAAAGCGGAGCCGCCGAUACACCGUGAGACACAACGACCUGCCUCUGCGCCGCAUACCCGUACCCCGCUCGACCGCGACGCAGUACCUUUUUCUACUCAAAAGCCUAUACAUCGAACCGUCCUCCCCGACGGAAGCAUCAUUAUACCGCUCCGGUCGCCCACAGAGCGUUCAUUCGAGGAUCGACCGUCGAUAUCACCGGAGAGUGUAACGGUAAACCCGUCCGUCCAAAAAACGGCUGAAGUAGAAUCGGAACCUCAGGCUGCGAGCGCCGCAAGCGCCGCCAGUGCAGGUGUCGUUUCCGCAAUAAGCUCUCGCCCCCUCGAUUGCAACCCAGAAGUGGCGCCUAACCUGGAACACGUCGAGAGCGCACCCACCGUCGAUGAUGGUCGACGCAGGCGGAAAGAGAGAAUUAUUUUCACAACUCACGUGGGCAGCCGAGAGCAAGUUUUCAGCACACAAUUUAGUAUAACGAAAACACCGAGCGUCACGAGCGAGAUAUCCGGCUCUUUUCCGAGCUUCGUCGAUCCCGACGAAACGAGAGGACCAGUAGCGCUAGACGCGGCAGUCGUCAACGGCGCUCCCCCGGCAUCAGAAAAGAACGACGGUGGGACGACCUCCCUCCCAGCGUGCGCGGCUACACCACCGUCGCCGCAGGAAGUACGUGACUCUUCUGAGUCGGAACCGAGCUCUGAAUCGGCUCCACCGCGCGGCGGUAACGACGUAGAGCGACGUGGACUGGUAGUGCAGGAAUCGUUCGAGGAGGAAUUGCCUUACGUGCCCACCACCCUGCCGCAGGAGCGCUCGGUGGCGUUGCCAAUGGUGCCGGUGCGCGAUCGCGGUGGCGUACUACUCGCAGCCCUCGAGCGACCGCGGGCCGCUGUACCCGCUCCGCCUCCGCCCGCACCCACUGCGCACGCGCCGCGCGUGUCCCGGCCUGCGGCUGCUAGCCCCGCCAUCAUCUCUGCUCCGGCGCCCCCGGAGCGGAUGCGCAUCCGCCUGCCCCGGCGUACGCGCACGGCUUCAGUCGCGUCCGUUGCGACGACACCAGCACCGCGCAUCGACCGAGUGCGUACGCGCAGCGGUGGAGACGAGACUCGUCCAAAAACUGAAUGGAUCGACUUCGAGGAGGUACCGGAGAGACGAAAACAGCCAAAGCGAAUCCAGACAUUGCCGGCGGCAGCGGCGAGCGGGGCCAGUGCAGGCGUGGUGUUCAGCUACGUGGAGCCUGAGCACUGUCGCUGUGAGUGCCAUGCCCACUCGCGAGACGAUGAGCUGCCGUUACUGCAGGACGACCAGUUGCCUCACGCUAGCUCGUCGUCAUUGGAUUGCGGCGAGGGGGAGGCCAGCGUUCAGCUCAACGUGGAGAUCGCUCGUCCUUUCACCGCAGACCUUGACCUGCACCCGGUUACACACAUCGACCAGGGGCGACAGCCGCACUGA